CCACAAUUCCCCGACUUGAGCUAUGUGGGGCUGUUCUGGCAGUUGAGAUGGCAGAGCUGAUCUUAGACGAACUGGACCACAAACCAGACGCAGUGAAGUUCUACUGCGACAGCAGAGUGGUCCUUGGAUACAUCGGUAAUGACUCGAAACGUUUCUUUGUGUAUGUGCAUAAUCGAGUGCACCGCAUACGCCAGACAACGUCCCCAGAACAGUGGCACUAUGUCCCUUCAGAACAGAACCCAGCAGAUCUGGCGACGAGAUCUGUCUCCGCAUCACAGCUUAUGGACACUAGGUGGUUCAAGGGACCUGACUUUCUCUACAAGCCUCCUGAGCCUGAAGUCCAUGCACUUUUUGAACUGGUAGAUCCUGAAAAGGAUGUAGAAGUCAGACCGCAAGUGACUGCCUUUGCUACCUGUGUUAAAACCAGGAGACUCACCUCUGAACGUUUUCAGCGUUUCUCCACGUGGGACUCCUUGUUAAGAGCUGUCGCCUUCUUAAUUCACCAAGCACGUUCUCACAGGCCUGCAGACUCCACCGACCCAUUACACCACACAUGCAAGGGAUGGCAUCGAUGCAGCAGACCUCGUACACCUGGAGAGCUUGCAGCUGCUAAGAAACUUAUACUUGAAACUGUUCAGAGAGACACAUAUCCGGAAGAGUAUGCUGCUCUUCAAGCAAAAAGGGAAGUUUCUACUUCAAGUGAAAUCCUGAACCUUGACCCCUACAUGAAUGAUGGUCUGUUGCGUGUUGGGGGACGACUUAGACAUGCUUCACUUGAAUCAGAGGUAAAGAACCCAAUCAUCCUCUCAAAGCACAGUCACGUAACCAGACUGCUAGUAAGGCAUUAUCAUAUGGCAGUGAAACAUCAGGGACGACAGUUCACAGAGGGGGCCAUUAGGGCAGCUGGUCUGUGGAUUGUUUCUGGAAAGAGGCUGGUUAGCUCUAUUCUUCAUCACUGCAUAACAUGUCGCAAGCUCAGAGGGAAGGUAGAGGUACAGAAGAUGGCAGACCUGCCUCCAGAGAGACUCGACACAUCCCCACCUUUCUCUUAUGUAGGACUUGAUGUGUUUGGACCGUGGGCAGUAGUCACUCGUCGCACACGAGGGGGUGCGGCUCACAGCAAACGAUGGGCCAUUCUGUUCACAUGUAUGAAUACCAGAGGUGUCCAUAUUGAAGUCAUUGAAUCGUUGGAUACUGACAGUUGCAUAAAUGCGCUGAGGAGAUUCUUUGCAAUUAGAGGCUCAGCAAAACAGCUCAGGUCAGACAGGGGCACUAAUUUCAUUGCAGCUAGUUUGGAACUGGGCAUGGGACAGCCUGACGAAAAACAAACCAGCAUCCUGAAGUAUCUCCAUAGCAACGGCUGCACAUGGAAGUUCAACCCACCACACGCUUCCCACAUGGGGGGAGUGUGGGAGAGGAUGAUUGGAGUGACACGCCGAAUAUUGGAUUCCAUGCUUUUGCAGAACAAACACACUCAUCUGACACAUGAUGUGCUGUGUACCUUAAUGGCAGAGAUAUCAGCAAUAAUCAAUGCACGGCCCUUGGUUCCUGUCUCAUCGGACUCUUCCUCACCGUUUCUGCUUUCCCCUGCCAUGAUCUUGACCCAAAAGCCAAGCUUGCCUGCUCCACCUGUAAACUUUGCUGAAAAAGAUCUCCUGAGAGCCCAGUGGAGACAAGUACAAGUGCUUGCUAAUGUAUUCUGGAGCCGCUGGAGGAACGAGUACAUUAAUACUCUGCACUCAAGACGCAAGUGGCAUAAAACGCAUCGCAACCUGCAACCUGGAGACAUUGUGAUGUUAAAACAAGGCCAAGCUCCUAGGAAUGAGUGGCCUAUGGCUGUUGUCACAUCUACCUUUCCAAGUAGUGAUGGCAAGGUUCGCAAGGUCGAGGUACGGACAUCAUCUAAGGGAACAUCAAAGACUUACCUGCGACCCAUCUCUGAUGUCAUCAUCCUCCUUGAAAAGGACUAACAAGUAAAAGUUAAAGUUAGUGACAUGGUAAUGCCAGACGGGGAGUGUUCUGCCCGCAGAUGACAAUUCAUCAUUUCUAGUUAAAUAACAUACAGUUUAAAAAGCAAGUUAAAAGUAUUUCAUCAGAAUUUUAUUGUGAAAGAUCAAGUUGGAAGUAUUUCAUCGGUGUUUUACUGUGAAAGGUUAAAAAGGAUCUGCUUUGCAUUGUGGGACAGAGAUGCUCAUAUGUACACACGCAGAGAGAAGCAGACACAUGGUGACAGCAUUCCUCCUGUUACGUUUUUUCCUACACCCGCGAAAGCAAUGGCUUUUCACUCAUAAGUUUUCACCUGUCAUCCAUGAGAUGCUAAUAAAGGAGCAAGGCGCUCGCUUCCUGGCUCGUGAAAACCGA